AUGGGGAACCCUAAGAAGAGUAAAAAGUAUUAUGCAGUCAUUAAAGGGCAUAUUAACAAGCCUACUAUCUUCUCAUCUUGGUACCAUUUACUCAAGGAUAACUCCCAAGACAAGUUGAUUAACGGCUCUCAGGGCAGAUGCAUACCCGCGAGUCCUUCUAAGCAUAGGGGCUUCUACACAAUUCAUAAAGCACGAAUAUAUAUGGAACUAAUAGGAGUAGACUAUAUCGAACAAUUGAUCGACGAUGGAACAGACGAAACGGCACCCUUGCCUGACCCAUAUAACCAUUAUGCCGUCGCUAAUGGUCCCAAGCCUGGUAUUUAUCUAUUCUAG